AUGGAGAAAACAGACUCGCAAACGCCUUCCACACCCACCGUCAUCCCAGCUCCGGUCUCUGCGUGCGAUGUAUUGACGCCACUGUCGCAAGACACGGGUCUUCCUACCAGUGGCGCCGUCGCCGCGAGAGUGCGCCAGCAGAUGCGGGAAAAUGCAAGUUCGCCUUCACCCGCGAGUUCGCCCUCCUCCUCCCAUUCAGACUCAGCGACCCGUUCGGGAGGCGAGCUGAGCCCCGUGCAAAAGCGGAGCGAAACCCUGUUGCCUAUGGGUAAACGCGAAGGCGAUGCGGUCAGGACGUGGAGACGGAUGAUUGUGGAGUACAGGUAG